UAUCGAUUAAGCGAUCGAUUUCUGGAUCUGUUAAUGGUGAAAUUUGACAGGACACAUACGCAUCGUGUUAAUUUUGACGAUUUCAUCCAGCUCUGUGUUGUUUUGCAAACACUUACAGCAGCAUUUCGCGACAAAGAUACCGAUCGUGAUGGCAUAAUAACAGUGGGAUAUGAAGAAUAUCUAACGAUGGUAUUUACUUCCAAUAUAUGA